AUGGCAGAUGAGGAAUCCCCUGUUCCGGUGACUUCCCAGCUCCUUCGGGACCAAAAACCAGAUUUCGUCAGCGUCCUCAGUCAUAUCGCACCCUUUGAACAUGGUUUGCGCAGAGCCGGUGUUCUCAACAAGUACGACUACGCCCGACUCCGGAUGACCUGCAAGACCACCGCCGAGUUGUUGAAGCCAUAUCCUUACAACCCGCGCAGACAAGACACCAAAGAUCCUUAUUUCGCGGGGCUGCGGGUCAUCACUUGCGAUCAAUGGUUCUCCGAACACAGGCGGUACCUCUGCCUGUGGGAAGUUCAUUUGCAUCUCCUGCGUCUUCUUAGCCCGCCUGAAGUCGAACCGGUCGAGGAUAUCUGA